GGAUUGGUCGACCCCGCAAGGGACGUCCGCCGCUUCAGCGAGAGCGCCAUCAUCUACCUGGAGCUGCUGAUAAUAGCCGUCUGCGGCAUCGUCCCCAUCAUGGUCCUGAUGGCCUUCAUGGGCCUGCAGCGCCGCGACUGCGAGAACUGGCGUCCCAAGGACGAAUGCGACGCCGAACAGACGGCCAGGGACGAAGUGCAGAUAUACGUCCUGCUGUCCUGGGUCCUCCCCCUGUGCCUGGCCGGAGUCCAUAUCGUUUCAUCCAUACUUGCCUGCUUCGACUGUUUCAGGAGAAGGCCUCGCACCACCCCGUCAAUUGCCAGCCAGGGAUAAAUCAGUAAGACAUACAUGCGUAUCUGACCUGUCUGAGACAUCUUGUUCUCCUUCAAGGCGGCGACGGGUUGCUGUGUAUAGCGAUCCUCGGGUUGAUCGCGCCAUGCCCCCGGUUAACGGCUCCAGAAAAAGAAACCGAGCAGAGAAAGGGCCAGCAGUCAACGAACGGGCAUCUCGAGUUUUUGUGCCCGCCGUUUCACAUGGAUCAAAGGGGACCCUUGAGCGAUUCUCGCAAUACGUCGUGUCGAGCGACCCUUGUUAUUAGAGAGGAAGGCUGAACAAGAGCCGAAGCUCUGUCUUGUCAUUGCUGUGGUCUCAGUAAUAAGACCGCGGUUAUAGAGCUAUAAGGCACACUUGUCUCGAAUGUACGGGCGUGCGUCGUACAUUUCUCAGGAAAUCUUACCUCUCAUCUGACGACUGCGCAUCACCUCCCGUUCCUCUAUUGUUUCAAAUAGAUACCUUGAAAAACAGCAGGCCAAAAUCGCGUCGUCAUCCCCUGUUCAACACCCCGAUUCCGCCAUGUCUCAGCCGUCGUCAACCCCCCAAGGCGCCGACGGUACCGGCGCUGCUCGCUAUCCCGGCCGCCGCUUCGCACAAAUCGUCAAGUUGAAACCCGAGUACGUGGACAAAUACAAGGAGGUCCACGCGGCAGUCUGGCCCGAGGUGCUGGAUCAAAUCAAGGACUGCAACAUACAGGACUACAGCAUCUUCCACGACGCCGAUUCGGGCAUCCUCUUUGCGAGCUUCAAGUAUGUCGGGACCGACUACGCAGCCGACAUGGAGCGCAUGCGGGCAAACCCAAAGGUCCGCGAGUGGUGGCGCAUGACGGACCAGAUGCAGGAGUCGCUGGUGCCGGGCGCCAAAGACAGCGAGUCCGGCGAACCGUCGUGGUGGAAGCCCGUGGAGGAGGUCUUCUACUACACACCCUGACCCUGCAAUCGAGGCCAGGUGCCGUUUUGUGUUCUCUUUCCCGUCGGGCCGCAUAGGAAGAUGAAUAUCCGGUGGAGGGAGCGAGACACAGAGUCACUUCCCGUUAGCGAGUCUGGCACUCUUGAUUACUAAUUAUAAAUUAGUAUAUAUUACUAUUGGCGU